AUGACCGCUCGGGAGCCUCAACUAAUGACUGUUGGUGGUCAGCAGCAGCAGCAGUCAACUGGGAUUUAUCCCGGUACAUUGACAAUACGGCAAUUAACCCUCGACGGAAAUCGCGCCGUCGCCGUCGUCCUAUCCCUCCUCGUUCCUCAGCCCGCCGUCGCCGUCGACACCAUCACCGCCACAACCGUACAAUCGUCUUAUCAAUCAAUUCCGAUGACGUUCCGUAAAUGGCCCUGA